AUGUUCUCAAGAUUGAGACUAAAAACACCCAAAAUGAUCACUCAAAAGCUUGAAAAUCUUCAAAUAACCGUACCUUCGGCUGCUGACGAUGCUCCACACAUCAAAAACACCUGUGGAAGGCCGAACCAAGCGGUCACCAAGCCUAUUUCAUUGAACGCUGAUACAGGCGAGGUGAUGGUAAGAAAAUCCACAGGAAAGACCAAAGUCCGUAAAGGGCAGAGCUCUGAUGAAUACGAACAUCAGAGAAGUCAUUUUUUCGACGUGGAAAAGGGCCCUAUAUGGACACCUGUGGGCUGGAUGACCAAAGAGAAUCCGCUGCAGAAGCUCGAUUCCGAUCCAGAAUUCGACAUAUCGCUAAAACAGGCCAGACAAAAGCUUAUAAGCUACUGCCAUAUACUUUACUAUCGAAAACGCUACGAAAAUUGUGCCCAGGCAUGCGAGAACCUCAUCACACGGCUCGAAACGCUCGACGGCAGGAAAAAAGUCCAGAAAGAAAUCGACGAGCUCAAACAGAUGCUGGACCACUGUCAGACACACUCUGUAUAG